UGAAAGUUCCUGUGUAAGCGAGACAUGUUUCGGUACUUUCUUGGUUCACCACUUUUCUAGGCUCCCAAUACAGUAAAAGCACGCGCCCAUACCUAAACCACCUCUUGUCUAUCCAUUCCCUCCGAAAAAGAAAAUGAACUCCAAUUGCGCCCUUUUCGUCGCCUUUCUUCUCUCUUACCUUUUUCUUUUUUCUUCUUCUUCUAGUGAGAUCGCUCAUCUCUUUGAAACUUGGUGCCAACAACAUGGCAAGACAUAUGCUUCCCAAGAAGAGAAGUUGUUUAGACUCAAGGUCUUCCAGGAUAACUAUGAUUUUGUUACGGAACAUAACAGUCAAGGCAAUUCUUCUUAUACCCUUUCUCUUAAUGCCUUUGCUGAUCUCACCCACCAUGAGUUCAAAGCCUCUCGCUUGGGUCUCUCUUCUGCUGCUUCUGCAUCGCUGAAUGUUGAUCGGUCAAAUCGACAAAUUCCUGAUUUUGUUGCUGAUGUUCCCGCUUCAGUUGAUUGGAGAAAGAACGGGGCUGUGACCCAGGUCAAAGAUCAAGGGAAUUGUGGUGCUUGUUGGUCUUUCUCAGCCACAGGAGCUAUUGAAGGCAUAAAUAAGAUUGUUACUGGAUCUCUUGUUAGCCUUUCUGAGCAAGAGUUAGUGGAUUGUGACAAAUCUUACAAUAAUGGUUGUGAAGGUGGAAUCAUGGACUAUGCCUUCCAAUUCGUCAUAGACAAUCACGGGAUUGACACUGAGGAAGAUUAUCCAUAUCAAGGACGGGAUAGGUCCUGCAACAAGGAAAAGUUAAAAAGGCAUGUUGUAACUAUUGAUGGAUAUGUUGAUGUGCCCCAAAACAAUGAGAAAGAACUACUAAAAGCUGUUGCAAAUCAACCCGUGAGCGUGGGUAUAUGCGGCAGUGAAAGAGCAUUCCAGCUCUACUCAAAGGGGAUAUUCACUGGCCCCUGUUCAACUUCUUUGGAUCAUGCUGUAUUGAUUGUAGGAUACGGGUCGGAAAACGGAGUAGACUAUUGGAUUGUGAAGAAUUCAUGGGGAUCAUAUUGGGGAAUGGAUGGUUAUAUGCACAUGCAGCGUAAUAGUGGCAGUUCUCGGGGGCUCUGUGGUAUUAACAUGCUAGCUUCAUAUCCAAAGAAGACUAGCCCAAAUCCUCCUCCUCCAGCUCCACCAGGACCUACUAGAUGUGAUCUUUUUACUCACUGUGGAGAAGGGGAAACUUGCUGCUGCGUUCACCACAUUUUUGGAAUAUGCCUUUCAUGGAAAUGUUGCGAAUUGGAUUCUGCUGUGUGUUGUAAGGAUGGGCGUCACUGUUGCCCCCGUGAUUACCCAGUUUGCGACACAACAAGGAACAUAUGCCUUAAGCAUUAUGGGAACGCGACAAGAAUUGAAAAAUUUGCAAAGAAUAGCUCAUCUGGAAAGUUUCGCAGUUGGAGUUCCCUUCUUGAAGGUUGGAUUCUGUAAAGCCAUCUGCAUUUGUACUUCUGGUUAUUUUACGUCAAGCUCAUGUAGAAGUCAUGUGUUUCCCCAUUGAAAGGAAAAAUUUUAGAUUUGGAUUAUAAAUUUUGCCUGCACUGAGAGCUGAUGGAUUAUCUGUAAAAACUCACUGGGGGAAUUAUGUGUAAAGUAAAGAUUUCUGCUGCAUUGUUUUGUCUUUCUUUGAAGAGGAAGGAUAAAUUUAACAGGGGAACCAGAAGAAGUGCCAGACUUGCAUUAUCCAUGAAUUGAAGUCUGGAAAUUUAGUGUACUUUCAUAUGGCUUUAAAUAUAAGAUUGCUGUGAAAAUUUCUUCAUAGAUAUGUAACAUGCUUGAAUUUUGCUACUUUAUGUAUCAAUUUUUUCUGAAUAUUGAAGAUAAAAGACUUUUAGUCCAAAA